UCAGUCAAUUUAGCCAAAGUGCCCGUUCCUCUCUUUCUCUCACUCCGGGACCGGUCAGCGGCUUUUCUUUUCUUUUGAAAUGACUGUUAGGCAAAUUAGUUGCAUUCAAGCUACUGCAGAAGGGAAGCGGAGGAGCGCGUUGACAUAAACAUUAUUUGUUUAUUGACCAAAAGCACCAACUUUUAGGGAAAUGUAAAAAAUGGCGAUGUGCUUGUUAAAAAGUUUGCGGCGUCCUGGUCGUUAAAGUGUCAGGUGUUUCAAUCUUUUACUGUGGUUUUCUGUAUUUUUAAAAUAUAAGUUUAGUUAUUUGUUAUGUAAUAAGUGAUAUAAAGCAGCAUUUCUCACAAGUAAACAACAAGGUAAAGAGGGACGACGUGUGUUGGCGCAGAGAGUUUUGACAGGAAAGUAAUGGAAAAUGACGAACCCCAAUCACCGGACCCGAGCCAAGACAACUCUCAGACAAUAAGAGCUCAGAUAGAGGUGAUCCCAUGUAAGAUCUGUGGAGAUAAGUCAUCAGGUGUUCAUUAUGGAGUUAUCACUUGUGAGGGUUGCAAGGGGUUCUUCCGCAGAAGUCAGUCCUCCAGUGUGCAGUAUUCAUGCUCCAGGCAGAGUAACUGUCCCAUCGACCGCGCCAGCCGCAACCGCUGCCAGAGCUGCCGCCUCAAAAAAUGUGUGGCUCAGGGCAUGAGCCGCAACGCUGUAAAGUUUGGUCGCAUGUCCAAGCGUCAGAGAGACUCGCUGUUUGCAGAAGUUGAGAGACACCGGCAACAACAGCGUCUUCAGUGCAACUCGGUUCUAGAACCCCAGACUCUACCAGCCUACCGGCCCGGCAAAGAGCCCAGAGAACAGUCAUCACACCUUAUUCCUACUCUGCCUCCAGCCUACCCCUAUUCUGUGGAGCCCAAACUGCCAGGAUGCCCACCAGAGGUGCAUCCAUACCUGGAGUGUUGCAUAGGUGAGGCUCAGGCUCCUGAUCUGGCCUGCAGGGUUUCCCACAGGAGGAGUGAGAGCAAUAGCCCGACAGUUGGGAGAGGGUUUGACUCCACUAGGUCAACACCAGAAGCCAUCCUAAACAUGCCAUGCAGUGAAAUGGGGUUUCGAUCUUUUGACCCAGAGAGCUUGUUCUUUGGCUACCCAACUUCUCUCCACAUUGAGGAGCUCUGUGCGAGUAUUGUGCGUUCCCACAGAGAGACAACUCAUUAUCAUCCAGAGGAGCUGCAGACUCUCAGAUGGAAGGUUUUCAGCAGGGUGGAGAUCCAUGCUUACCAGAGCAAGUCAGUGGAUGAAAUGUGGCAGCACUGUGCGGUGCGGUUGACUGAUGCCGUUCAGUACGUGGUGGAAUUUGCUAAACGUAUUCCAGGAUUCCGUCAGCUCUGUCAGAAUGAUCAAAUCACUCUGCUCAAGAGUGGGUCCAUGGAAGUGGUUCUGGUCCGGAUGAGUCGGAUGUUUAACAUGGAAAACAACACAGUAUUCUUUGAUGGCAAAUUUGCUGGAACAGAACUUUUCAAAUCUCUUGCAUGUAGUGAUCUUAUAGCUGCUGUAUUUGACUUCGCUCACAAUUUAUGUGCGCUGAGACUGACUGAACAGCAGAUGGCGGUGUUUAGCGCACUUGUCCUCAUCAACGCAGAUCGGCUGUAUCUGGAAGACAGAGAGAGAGUGCAGAGAGUAAGCAGAGAUGUGAAGCUUGCCCUGAGUCACAUUCUGCACAGAGACAAUCAGGAGAGUCUACUGCUUAAGCUGUACCAGAGGGUGCCGGUGUUGAAGUCUCUGUGUGCGCAGCAUAUUGAGAAACUGCGGUGGUUUCGUCAGCUGUACCCACUCACUGUGCAUUCCCUCUUCCCUCCGCUGUACAAAGAGCUGUUUGGCUUUGACACAGAUAUACAGACACUGGCUACUCACUAAACACACACAGACACACAGUUACAAAUGAAACAGUUGAAUGCAAUCGAGGUCAAAACAUACAAUUUACCUGCUGAAGAAGAUAAAUAAUGUAUAUUUUUGUAAAUCUCACACAAACAGAAAAUAAUAUUAAUAGAUCUAUGCAUAUGUCUGAGUUUUUCAGUAUUUUUGUGCAAAUUCUAUUUUGUAGGCCAAAGCUAAAUAUUAGCCUUCAGCACAUGCUUUUCAGUUGAGAUAAUGUUUUUGGCAGUAUUUUAAGAAUUUAAUUUGAGUAUUCUUAAAGUUGCUUUUGACUGAGGAUAUAUUGUAAUGUUUUUUAACUUUUUGAUGAUCUUAUCUUGAUCUUAGCUGGUAUAAAGGAGCAUUAGCUCUGAUUAUUAAAUUGUGAUUUAUAGCACUGAUGAAUAUAUGCAAAGAGUGAAUGCUUUUGAAAACCAACAAAGUUUUCAGCCCCAGAGUACGUUCAGGGAGAAGAAAGAACUGGGAUUUUUCUUUUAGUCUUUUCUUCUGCUCUCCCUCUUUAAUUCACAGACAAUAUAGAGGCAGAAAUGCUUAAUACACUUAUUGCAUUAAUUUAAAUAUAGUCAUCUAAUUUGACACCUUAUUUGUCAACCCUCACCUCGAUUUGAGAUUCACCUGGAUUUGCGAACAGCCUGUUGUUCCAUGAUUGUUAAGUUUAUCCUUGAACUUAAUAUCCACUUUAGACACAUGCAGGACAAGAUAAACUAAAAGUUUGUUGAACUGUAUAAUCACUAUAUUAAGAUGGGUUAUUCAGUGUUGGUGACUUUCACUAGUCAUUCGAUCAAUUUAAUAAAUAUGAUCAUUGAAGAUUUGCCAAUAUUUAUGCUCAAAGGUCUAAAAAGAAUGAGAUAUUAUGCUCUUAUUUAUCAUGCUUGUGUACACAAAUAGAAUAAUAAUAAUUGUAUUUUGUUUUCAUUGCACAGUCUAAUUUGUGGAAACCUAUAAACAAUUGUUCAUAUGUUUAUUUACAGGAGUUUAAUUUGUGCAUUUUCCUAUAAUGUUUUAGUGAGCUUUUUUUUUGUUUUGUUUUUGCUGUGGCACAGUUUGUGUUCCUGCUGUAUUUUGUGUCAGCUUUAAUUUAUCACUCACACAGUUCAUGAAACCCUGUUAUUGUUUUGUUCUGUUUUGAAGCAUAAAUUCCUGAUUGUUAUAGUUUUGUGCUGCUUUGCAGAAAGGGCCUCAAAUAAACCUCUGAAAA